AUGGGUUGGUACUAUUUGAGUUGUAAAGUCUGCGCAACUAAGCUUUUGACCGUACCAAAUGACUGCGAUGAUGCAGUCAUUCCUAUUCUCGAUGGUGGAUACAGGUAUUAUUGUACUAGAUGCAAAACCGUAGCUCCCAAGCUAUUACCAAGGUACAAUUUACAUUUGGUUGUUCUUGAUAAUACAAGUAACAUCAAAUUACAUCUGUCUGAUAAUCUUGCGUUUCAACUACUCCACCAACCCUGCGUUGAGUUAACAGGAAAGGUUACAAAGGAGAUUGAAGAUCCUGCUUAUUUACCGAAGGCUUUGACGAAUUUGUUUGGUAAGACGUUUCUGUUUAAGAUACUUAUUGAGAAGAAUAAUUAUCUAUACAAGCACAAGACAUACAAAGUGGUCAACCUAAUCACAAACACAGACAUGAUAAAUGAGUUUUAUGUCACCUAUUAUCCUCAGGGAAGUCAGCGGAUGCCCUGCUCACCGUUUUCGAAUCUUUCACGUGUAAUCGAGGGUUCUAUCACUGGAAUUGGUAGUUCCUCUCAAUCAAAACAAUCUACUCAACUGACACCGAUUAGAGAUUUGAUGCGAGAGUUUGACGAGAUGAGUGAUACAAAAGUUACACCUAUAUUGAAGAUAAAGAAGGAAGAAAAUGAUUUUAGUGGCUGAAGACUCAAGCACCGGAAUUCA